ACAAACUGCCCUGCUGUGAGUGGUGGCUGCUCAUUGCUAUAAAGCUAUAGCUAUAACCAAAGCUACCAGACAAAACAGCAGUUGCCUGGGAACAAAUUACAACAAAUGCCACAUUUACCCAAGUGAGUCCCAGCUGACAGACAGCCAUGAUGCAGCAUAGUGAUUUUUGACCUGUCAAACAGCAGCAGUCUGACCGCUUAUCUAUUUACAGCUCUUUGCAGUGACAGUUGGACGUGUGGCAACAUUCUUAGGCUGAGGAAAGAGAUAGUCAAGUAUCUUCUGUUUUUCUCUUCCCUGCUGUUUUGAACUGGGUGUGAGGAGGCAUUAAUGCUGGAAAGGUAAAGCUUGACUUUGUCUACAGUUACCGCUGCCUGGGUAACGUGAUCUCACAGACUGGCUCCACGGUCAACUCUGUCGUCACAGCGCAUUAGUGGAAAAGGUUAACUACAGACUAACAGCAUGGCCAAGGGAACGAAAGCCAAAAGAAAAACUAAAAGUAAGAAGAUCACCUUGAAAAUGGCCCAGAACUGCGUGGAGCUGACAAUGGAUGGUAAACGCCGACUGGAUCUCACUUUCAAGGGGAUUACAGCUGUUCCAAAGUGCAUCCAGAAGCUCUUUCACAUGGAUGAAGUGGACCUGAGCAGGAACAUGAUCAGAAAAAUUCCAGAUUUUAUUGCUCAGUUCAUCAAAAUGACUGUUUUGGAUUUGCACAGCAAUUAUCUGGAGGAGCUCCCCGUGGCUAUCGGCUACCUGCAGAACCUUAAGGUUUUAAACCUGUGCAACAACCGUCUCACAAGCCUCCCAAGCGAGCUCGGCCUCCUGAAUAAACUCCAAACACUGAACCUGGGUCUCAACCAGCUGGAAGCUCUUCCUGCCUCCAUUGGUGCACUGGAGGACCUCCGCCACAUUGGCCUUUUUGACAACAGAUUCACCCACCUCCCCAGCUGCCUCUUGAAGCUGAAAAAACUGGAGAGUAUCAAGAUGGACAGGAAUCCAAUUAUUGCUGAGAAGAUACCCACUGAGAAACCAGUCAGUAUUUCAGAGAGCUUUUACCUAGUCAAAGAAAGCUUCCUGUGCAAAGAGUGUCUGAAUAGGUGCCAAGCUGAGAGGAAGGAGCUGAGGGAGGAAUAAAUACCAUACUGUGUUCUUAACUCAAGAGUGCCUUUCACUUACAGUACUGCAUGUUACUCUGAUCUGUACUCUACAUAGUACAUAGAUUCAAUUAAUAUCAGACAGUAACAGAAAACUUUGCAGUUUCCCUUGUAAGUGUAUUUAAAGAAUUAUAUUUUUACACACAUUUUAUACAAUUACUAUGCUUAUAACUGCAUGAUAGUUAGAUACAAAUAAAGUGUUUUGACAGUCUGUUCGGCCUAGAGGGCAGCAGAGAGCACCUCUGAGUACCUGUCACUGGCUUUAAACAUUUAAACAUAUUUCAUGUUAUUAAACAUACAAACGGUAUCUUUUCCAUGUGAUCAUAAUUCAUUCAUCAUGAUCAUCAUCAUAUAUGGAAAAAAUUAUGUUCCUGAAGUCUCUAAUAAAAUAAUAAUAAUAGUAAUAAUAAUAAUAAUAAUAAAAGUAACAAUGUUUUAUGUACAUCUCAGUCAAAGGUCUAGCAAGAAUGAGGUUGUUUAUUCAUUUGCUUACAGUAUUUCACAUUACAAAAUAUCUCAGUAUAAUGUAGCAUUAACUUGACUUUGAAAUGAUCUGUCAGUGAUACAGUAAACAAGAUACAACAACUGUUUAUGUACACUUGGGGUCUUUCAUGUCUCCUUAACAAAAACAAAAAACAAAAUCCUCAUUCAGAUAUCUGUCUUCCAUUCGAUGGUAUGUGUGUGUGUGUGCGUGUGUGUGUGUGUGUGUACACUUUAGUUUUUGACAAUAUAGUACUUAAAGAAACACACUCCACUUUUUUUGGAAAUAGGCUCAUUCUCCAUCUCCCUCAGAGUUAAAAAUGCAGCGUCUUCUUUCCGUAGGUUAACAGGACUUUGGAGCGGGAUCUUAAGGGAUGGGGCGUGGCCGGAAUUUUUGCUCGAGGCGCCAUAUUAGCAGGCCAAACAAAUGCUUGCUGUGUGGUCCGUUGUACACACACAGACACGCAUGCACAUUUACACACACACAUACCAUCAUAUAGAAGAGAGAUUUCUGAAUAGGGAUUUUUUUUGUUAAAGAAACAUGAAAGACCUCAACUUAAGGUUAAGUGUAUAAACUUGAACUUGAAACAUCUUUAUGAUGUAACCGAAAGAAUCAUGAAUCUGAAAAGCGACAUUUCUGGAUUUUAUUUUUGUCGACUUAUGAAGUUAUAUAUAUUAUUUUGUAUAUUUUUGAAAUUUCUUAAGGAGAAGAUUGCUGUUUGGCUAAUUGGUCCUAACCAGUUACUGUAUAAAAGAUGAACACUGUGACAGCACUUCCUCCCAUUGUGCGAAAAUGAAGCCAAAAUAUCCCGCUUGUGGGCGCUGCCAUGUUCCACUUUUGGAGCCAGAGUCUGCUCAGUAGUAAAGUGUGGUGGAGCGUCUCUGGACAUGACCGCGAACAUGCCCCUUUACGCUUUUUACAUAGCCCGGCUGCUCCGUCUCUAAUUCUGCAGGGUAUGAUGACUGUUAUUUAAAGCUACUAAUUAAAGUGUUUAUUUAGAUUAAAACUUAUCAUACAAAACAUGCACUCAAAAAAGGUCCAUCUAAACAAACCUGUUUGAAUCAACAGGCCUCUAUACCCUGUGUUGCAAAGAGUUUUGUUAAACUAUAUAAAAAACAUGAAUUUAUCUUGCUGGAGAGCACAUAAUACACAUGACAGAGCUUUAAUCAUCAUGUCAUGCCUGUGGGAGUUACCUGGAAAAAAUGCAAAGACUGACUUAACAUUAGACGGAGGCAUGUUGUCCAACAUCGGUCUAAGGUGUGAGUGAACCAGUUUUUUUUGGUUGUCAUUAAUAAGACUAAGACUAACUAAUAAGAACAUAUCUGAUAAAAAAUAUGAUACUGUAAAUAAUCCUUAGUUUUAAAUUUUUGUUAUAGGAGGGAACAUAUGUGGUAUUUUAGCAUCAGACACUUAGUUUUCUGUUUUCUGAUGAAGUUGUUCUGCAUUCAUUUGUGCAGAUGAUGUCUUUUAUUUAACGAAAACACAAAUCAGACACCAGCUCACAACCUUAAACAUGAUUAUUGUGCUAGCAAUUGGGUGUGAUCCAGUGAUGGAUUCAUGAUUAGCUAACAAUGAGGAAUGGCAGGGAUUUUUUUCUUUAGCAAAAGAAACAAUAAAACAAUGAAAAGACCUCGGGAGACAUAAAACUGUUUUACUGGCAAAAUAUCAAAACUAAAGCCAAUAACUUUGCUGAUUUUCUCUAUCUGUGCAAUAUUGAUUAACGUUACUGCUCUUUAAGGUAAAUAUCAAAACUAUUACACUGUUUAAUCCACACCAAUGCAUCAUAUUCUGUAAAAUCAUAUUUUUGUAUAUGUUGUCCUGUGAGGACAUCUGAUCUCUGAAAAAACAACUGUUAAUGAAGCUGGAAAAACAAACCCACAUCUUGAUCCUUAAAAAACAUAUUAAUAUGUAUCUUAACAAAAACAAUCACAGCUGAAAUAAAAGGCUUCAGCCUACUAAUAUUAGUUCAUAAAAUACAUUCUCGGCGCCAAAGUGAUGAGUUAAGGUGCCCAUGGAGGCAAGGGUGCCACCAGGCAUUUGGCCCCGGGGCAGACCCAAGACAGGCUGGAGAGAUUAUAUCUCUCGGCUCAUAUUCAUAUUAAUAUUCUUAUUCUUCUAUGACAAAAAGUACAAGUGUUCAUUUAAGGAAAUAAACAGAGCAGUAAGAGAUAUUUUUCAAUUUUUUAUUUUUCUUAUUUUUGAUUUGCUGCCAAUUACAUGUUUUUAUUUGUAAUUUUUGUAGUGCUCCCUACUAUGUGAACCCAACUGGGUCUAGACUGGGUCUAGAGAGUAUUUAAAUUCAGGGAAUUUAAAAUAGAAAGUAGCUCGUCCACAGAAGGACUGGUAGCUCCCCUUACGAUAAGGGUUCAGAUCGCGCGAACAGGUGUGAAAUGU